UUUAUCAAAUAUUAAGGUCCAACUUUAGGUCCUGAUGGGCCUCAAAUGGACCCAAAAAAACUGAAAAUAUGAUCAGGGCCAGAUUAGUUGCAACAAGGUUCAUGAUGCAUUUAUAGACCCAGGCAAAUCAACUAGGUUACCCAUCAUGAUUUAUAAUUUAUGAGCCGAACAAGAAACAACCUUUAUCUGAAGUUCUGAAGCCUCUGCCCCUCUCCCUCUCUCUCUCUUUCUUCUCAGUAAAUCUAGGUUUUUGUCAAGUGCAAGAAAUGGAAGAUCCUUAUUCUGUCAGUAGUCCCAGAAGAAUUCUGAGUCUGUCAAGGAAGAGAAGGGCAACUGUUUCCUCUUUGGAUGCAGAUGAGAGGACAUCUGGUUUUGGAGUUUCUGGAGAGCAUGGUCCCAAGCCAUCAGAAGUCUAUGGGUUUGUAGGUUCCAUUUCAACUGUUGUCGCUACAGUCAUUUUCUUUGUAUGGGCAUAUCUUCCAGAUUCUUGGCUACAUUCCGUUGGAAUCUCUUACUAUCCCAACAAGCAUUGGGCAUUGGCAGUGCCUGCUUAUUUUAUGGUGACGGUAGUAUUGGCAUUGGGAUUCUACAUUGGCCUUAACUUCAUGUCCACCCCUCCUCCAACUUCCUUCAACACAGUGUUUGAUGAAUUCAGCAGAGACCCAUUGAGCUCUGUUCCUUCAGUGGAUGGAGAUGAGCUGCCCAUUGAGUCAAUGUCCGAUAUCGGCAUCAAUAAAGUUAAUGAGCUCAUGUUUAAUAAUGUAAAUUGACAUUCCACAUUUUGUGGAAGAAAUGUAUACUAUUCUUCUAUUGAAUAUUUACAUGGGUGACUAUUUCUUUUUGCCA